AUGAGCGAGGAAGGGAAGAAGCAGCCCCAGCAGCAUAUCUUGCACCAGCACAGCCUGGAGCCAUCGGCGCCACCUCCGCAGCAACAUUACGGGACGUUCCCUGUGGUCCCGAGCUACCCUACUCCGUCGCAGCCCGUGAUCGGGUUCUCGCAGCCGGCGCCCCCGCCAUGGGCGAUCUCCCCUUCUUCCGGGCACCCCUACUACGCCCAGGGCUACCAGGCCGUCCCGGGUGAGCGAUUUUUCCUUGUGGAUUCGUCUAAGUUGUGUGUCAGGGUUCUUUUCUGUGGUAUUCUCUUCCUCUCCGAGCAUAAUUUUGCCCUUUUCUGGAGAGUAAUCAUCCUCGAUCCGCGGCCCGAAUGAGACGAGUUGCGUGAUUGGAUUUCUUUCUCGCGGAGGUGCCUUCUUCAGGCACGUUUAAGAAAGUUCCUCCCUCUGACGCCGUUGAUUGACCUUACUUUGAUACGUUUAGGGCCGCCAAUUCUCGUGAUCUUAUAACACUGAAUCUGUAACUCUUUCCUUCUAAAACUAUAUGCCUUUAUGAGCAAUCUGUGUGCCUUGUUGCGUCGUCAAUGAGCAGUGAAGGGUGUGGUUCGAUUAAUUUUUCUUCCGUGUGCGGAUCCACAGGUAUAUAUACAUGGUGGUGCAGACACACCGUCCGUCGAUUACCUAUUCCGUCUAAACCCAGAUCAAAAACGGCUCUGAUUUUGUAACUGUUGAUCUUUUCGAUCUAGAUGAACCCAGGUGGGUCCUUUCCAUAUUGAUCUUUGCUGUGUGCUGUACGAUGAUUUGGGUGGGAAAUUAGCACCAAAAAAAAAAAAAUCAUCCUCAGAACCGAUCCCAUUUCUCCUCAAUGUUCUGACGACUCUGGCGUGGGUGUGGUCUUCUGUAAUGGGCACUCGUCUGUCAGUCCAUCUUGGUUCCUCCUCUGCUCACUCGUAUCUUCUGAUGUAGUUCAAGGCUAUGCUGUUGUUGAAGGGCGACCUGUACGACAGCCACGUCUGCCCUGCUGUGGCUGUGGCAUGGGCUGGUUCCUGUGAGUAUCUCACGGCCACAAACCUCAGAACCUUUUUUUUUUUGGGUACUAUCUGGAAUUUUGCUGUACCAACCUCUCGACUAUUCCUCGGUUGAUUCUUCAAGGGUAAGACACCAGUUGGACAUUCUCGGCCGAUUAUAGAGGCUCGUAUAGGAUAGAAAACUAUAGAUGGCUAGCUAUUCAUGCUUGUUUCUCCAGUGGAAGAUGAUGAUGAUGAGAACUUGGUCUUCCCUUGGUUGUAAGGUUCAUCAUUGGGUUCUUCCUCGCUGCCAUCCCAUGGUAUGUCGGAGCAUUCGUCCUCCUGUGCACCAUAGUUGAUCACAGAGAGAAGCCUGGAUAUGUGGCCUGCACCAUCGCUGUGAGUUCCGCUCUCUCUCGCCACCCAUCCCCCAGAGUUUGAAGUGCCCCUCCGCCAUCAAAAUUCCAUUUGUCUUAAUGGGUCCGGCCGAUGGGGAGAGAAUUGAUGUGGGUCCUCUCUCUUCUCUCUUCUUGCUCUGUGUUGAGCAGGCUGCUGUUGCUGCAGUCGCCGUCAUUCUCGGGGCGGCAAACGGUGCAGAUGCAUGGUGA